CAAUGACAUACAUAGAUUCUUAACAUUCAUACGUUCUCACAAUGCGAACUCUUACGGUCUGUGUUUUUUCGUUAUUGGCAAUUUUUGUGUCUGGUACAGGCCUGAAAGAAGAAUUUACUUGGCACAGGAUCACCUACGCUUGGCCCGGUCGAGGUCAAGGUAUCAAUGGACCUCGUAAUAGAGUGCAAAGGUACGCUGGGGGUAGUAGCAGUCCUAUAAUAUACGAGGAUCCUAAUUUGCCCAACAGCGGAUGGAAUCCCUCGGAAGGAAUCGAUUACAAUCAUGUGACGAACAUUCCUAUGGGUGCCAACGUAUGGAGAAACAAACUUUUCAUCACAGUUCCUAGAAGACGACUAGGAGUGCCAUCUACAUUAAACUAUGUGCCAUUGGAUAGUCCAAGUAGACACAACGUUCCGCUAAUUCCCUACCCAGAUUGGGACACAAAUAUAUAUCCCGAUCCUAAAAACAGCGGUGAUAAUUUUGUGUCAGUCUACAGAGUAGCAGUGGAUCCCUGUGAUAGGUUGUGGUUUGUAGAUACUGGACUGGUUGAAGUUCUUGGAAAUGUCAGUCGCGUACGGCCUACCACUUUAGUAAUAAUGGAUUUAACUACUGAUAAAAUAAUUCGGUCAUUCCGCAUCCCUGAUGACCAAAUACGGCCAACUAGUGGAUUAGCUAGUCUAACUGUAGAUGUAACUAAAGACACUUGUGAUGAUGCCUAUGCGUAUAUACCUGAUUUAGGUGGAUAUGGACUUAUCGUCUACAGCCUAAGGGAAGACAGGUCUUGGAGAAUAACCCACAACUAUUUCUACUUGGAACCUCUUGCUGGAGAGUUCCAUAUUUCCGGCCACCGUUUUCAAUGGAACGACGGUAUAUUCAGUGUUGAACUAACUAAAGUUAAACCAGAUGGAAAUAGGGACUUGUAUUUCCAUUCCAUGGCAGGAACUCACAUGUAUCGAGUACCGACUAAUAUUGUAAAGAACCAUACAUUAGCUACGAGAUCGUAUCAUGGGGAUGAUUUUAUGAAUCUUGGAGAUCGAGGAGCCGGAUCUCAGACUUCUUCUGCAGAUAUCCACAAACCCACAAGUAUUAUGUUCCUAGGUUUAGUCAACCAAAAUGCCUUAGGUUGUUGGAACAUCAACAAACCAUUAAAUACCAUUUCUGUAGUACAGAAAGAUGACGCUAAGAUGAUCUAUCCUUGUGAUGUAAAAGUAAGCAACGACAAAGUCUACGUCUUGACUAACACCAUGCCAGAAUUUUUGUACGGAGCUCUGAACUAUGACCAAAUUAACUUUAGGGUCUGGUCGAACACUAUAAGCAAUGCAGUAGCAGGAACUCAAUGUGCGAGUGGGGACAGCGCACCCAUUACUUAUGCCGGUCCUGCCAACUAUGCCCAAGCUGGAUCAUAUGCAGGAACGAAGUCAAGAGGACCGUUCAGAGGAUAUUAGCGGAUUUAUUGAUAUUUAAGAAUAUGUGACUGUACUUUUAUAGAUGUUUGUAAUUUUUAGAUGAAAAAGAAAAAAAUAAAAUAAAUUUAAGAAUAUAA